AUGGUUACAGUCAGAUGUGUGAUUGCAGUAGCUGCAUUUAAAGGGCUUAGUGGUUCUAAAACGGCUAUUACCCCUCUAGAAUCUAAUGCCAAGUUAACCUCAAUUGAGUAUGAUCAUACCACAGGUGCACAAGAUAAUGAGUUAAUUUCUGACAUUUCUUCUUACCAAAGACUUGCUGGAAAACUUAUGUAUGUCACUAUUACAAGGCCAGACAUUAAUUUUUCUGUUCAAACUCUUAGCCAAUUCAUGCAACAACCCAAGAAAUCUCACUGGGAAGCAGCUACGAGGGUGGUCAAAUACCUUAAAGGUUCUGUUGGUCAAGGUGUCUGGUUCAAGGCUGAGCCUACUACUUCUCUAACUUAUUGGAGUUCUGCUGGAGCUGAGUACAGAAGCAUGGCUUCAUCAGUUGCAGAGCUCACUUGGCUA